GUCCAGUCAGCGUCUGGACCCUUCAAAAUUAAACGAGACCGACUCAGUCUAAUUUAAAUUAAUAUUUCUGUUUACAUUGUUGCUCGUGCUGAUCCCACGUUUUAUACAUUAUUUGAAAGUGGCUAGAUAUACUUUAAAAACAUAAUCCAUACAUGCUGUCUUUAUUUUGAAGAGUCUAGCGGAAGUGCUAGCUUAGUUUAGCAACAUGCUACGUGUUUAGCAUGCAGCCGGACCUACGUUACAUCUUUUAACAAUAAUUCAUUUUAUUAACGGUAGCAACUUUAUAUAUAUAUCAUAUUGCCACAGAGUUAGACGCUGGUUUAUUGCGACAUUUCACCAAAGAAACGUUCUAGAGGAAGAACAGCAGACAGACCAGGCUGUGAGAACCUGAAUGUUUAGGUGGAAAGCGUUAAAGUCAUCCAGCCUCUCCUUCAGACCAGCGCUGAGUUCAGGUAGAUCUGCAGCGCCAUGGCCGAGCGUUUCCACCUCAACACCCCGCUGCUGGAGAGCGUCAGCAUGUCCCAGAAGGUGGGAACCACCGUGUACCUGAAGAUGGAGAACUCACAGCCCUCUGGUUCCUUCAAGAUCCGUGGGAUCGGACACCUCUGCCAGCAGCUCGCCACGCGGUCCAGAGGAGUGGUCUGCUCUUCAGGGGGGAACGCCGGCAUGGCGGCCGCCUACGUGGCCAGGAAGAUGGGGCUUCCAGCUACCAUCGUGGUUCCCUCCUCCACCCCUCAGCUGGUGGUCAGGAGACUCCAGGACCAAGGUGCUGCUGUCAGGAUCGUGGGGAAGGUUUGGGACGAGGCCAACGCAGAAGCUCUCAGGCUGGCAGAGACAGAAGGACUGACCUUCGUUCCUCCGUUUGACCACCCGCUGCUCUGGGAGGGCCACGCCUCUCUGGUGGCCGAGGCCGCCGCCUCCCUGGGGCCCGGCGGGAAGCCCGGCGCCGUCCUGCUCUCUGUGGGGGGGGGAGGACUGCUGUGUGGGGUCAUCCAGGGCCUGAAGGACGCCGGCUGGACGGAUGUGCCCGUCAUCGCCAUGGAAACGGUGGGGGCAGACUGCCUGAACGCCGCCAUCAAGGCGGGGAAGGUGGUGACUCUGCACGACAUCACCAGCGAGGCCAAGUGUCUCGGAGCAAAGACGGUCUGCCAGAGAGCCUUUGAGCACAGCCAGAGCGGCGAGCCGACCAUCAUCUCAGAGCUGGUGACGGACCAGGAGGCGCUGCAGGCCGUCCUCACCUUCCUGGAUGAGGAGCGCGUUCUGGUGGAGAUGGCCUGUGGAGCAGCGCUGGCAGCCGUCUACAGCGGACUGAUAGCCAGAUUACAGAGCCAAGGUCGCCUGCCAGCUCCCUUGCGUCCCCUGCUGGUGGUGGUGUGCGGCGGCAGCAGCAUCAACAUGGAGCAGCUGAGCAUCCUCAGACAGAAGCUGCAGGCCUAAACCGAUGCAUUCUGGGAAAUAUGCAGUCAGUCAUAUUGGCUGAUCAAAAUCUAACUAUGGCUGAUUUAAGGUGCAAUAAUUUUAUAUGUACGUGUAAUUUGUGAGUUGGCAUAAUUCAGUGAAGUUUCCCUGACUGCAAGUGACAUUUUCACCACAUGAUGGCGCUAAAGUUUUCAGGAAGAAUUCAGCCUCCCUGUGUGUGCAGAGUUGAAGUAAUUUAUAUGUUUUAAUUGCUCUGUUUCCAUGGAUUCAUUAAUGGAAUGAAGUGUUUAAAAUAAACCUGCUGCAUUUCUGCA